UAGUGAGAGGGUCGGUAGGUGAUAAAGCUUGGAACCAGUGAAACCUUGAAACCAGUGAUAAACCUUGGAAUCAGUCCUAAAAAUGCAUAAAAACAUGAAAUAAUGCAAUUUGAACCUAAGGUGGUUACGAAUCAAUAUUUGGAGUUUAUAUUUACAUGAUCAGAUCGGAAUUGACGGGAGUUUAGAAAUUAUGAAUAGUGUAGAGAUAUUUUCGUGAUGUAACCAGUUCUAAGCGGACACGAGGCUCCUAGGGAACUAGCUAGAGUGAGGGCAGGAUCAAGUGACCAAGAAAAACAAGAAGUCCGGUAUUCUUUCUGAACUUUGUUGCACUUCAGGUUGUAGUUUACGUACACUCACAUAUCAGGUCGGGUCGUCUCUGAGGCGUUGGCUGGAGGGCCACGCUGAUAAGGGCAGACUAAUUGGAUGACAUGUGAUCAGCCAUCUCGAUUCCUAUUGGAUGGAUGUCAGGAUGUUGGCCCUCUGGACCACUGGGAGGUGGCGACCUUCCAAAAAGUCAUCCCUUAAUCGACGUAUCCCUCAUAACAAUUCUAAAUUAAACUUUUAUAUUAAUAACCAGCAUGAGUCUAUUAGUAUUUCUAAUUGCCAUGCUGGUUGAUGGUAAAAUAAAUACAUCAAAAUUAAUUUACUUCAUUAUCACCUCAUAACAGACACAUUUUUUUGUGAUUCCCGUGUGCAUGUUUGUCAUAUCUACUCAGAGCAUUAUAUAUACAAAUGAUUCUUCUGAUAAAAACGUUUUAUUUUAGUAUAUGGAAUACAAAACAAUCACAAAAGCUUACUUUUGCUUUCAUCGAAGAGCAAUAAUUAGAUAUUUGCAAAUGGCGGCCCGUCAUGAAAAUAAGUUUAUUUUUUAACGACAACAACACAUUUCCAAUGCAUUCAAUGAUGACGUCAUCCUCCACAAAAAGGUUGAUUCUGGAUCUACUGGCAAAUUGCUAUCAAUAAAGUCAGCUGGGACGAGAUUGGCAGUUGGGAGGGUAUAAAUCGUGGAAGGAACGCGCCCGAUUUCACGCGGUACUUGCACAGUGAUUCCACGGUUUAGUACUGACUAUUCCAAGGUUUAUCACUGGUUACAUGGUUUCACUGAUUCCAAGCUUUUUUCAACUACCUUCGUUUAGGCCAAUUUUGACAUUUCGUCAAGCUGUGAGGGUCGAGCGGUCGCAGCUACACGACACUUUUUGGUUGCCUAUACAUGUUGGCUUUGGGAGAGUUUUAAUUGGCCAAGUGCAAUAGGAAGGCAUCGAUUCUUAGUUUGACUGUAGCCUUAAUGUUACAUUGCGAUCAUUGUAUCAGGCAUUUCUCUUUCCUUUUUCUAUUCGAAAAUUAGACUGUUCAACUAGUAAUCAGUUGCUGACACUACAAUGACAUUGGACGAUGUUCUGGUCCGCCAUAUUGGACAUUUCGGCCGGUUCCAGGGCGUGGCAUUAUUCUUGACCGUCUUGAGUUCGCUACCCGCCGGGUGGCAUAUUCUGGCCUAUAUUUUCAUCAGCGGAGGAACACAGGAUUACUGGUGUGCAUUACCUACGGGUAGUUUUGGGAACGCUUCACAAGAGCAACUAAAGGAUAUAUUCAUUCCGAGUGAAAUUAAAAAUGGAAAAAGAAAGUUUAGCUCAUGUGAAAUUUACGACUUUGAUAUUAAGAAUGUUUCGAAGUUCACCUUGAAUAUUCUGCGUUCUGGAGAUUUAGUCAACGGAAGUGACGUCAGAGGAAACAUAAGCGAUAGGAGGCGCUGUGUCCAAUGGGAAUAUGAAAAUAAUGGGCGAUACUCUAGCUCGAUACUGACACAGUACGAACUUUAUUGUGAAAAGGAAUGGCUGAUACCCGUCUCUCAGAGUUGUAUUAUGGCCGGCUGGCUUUUGGGCAACUUUGUCUUCGGAUCAUUAGCAGAUCGGUUUGGCCGCAUGAGGGUGAUUCCAGUUGGAUUCCUAAUGACUUUCGUAAUUGGUUUGAUCAUGCCCUUCAUUCCUAACUAUUAUGCCUACCUUCUGUUUCGAUUUUUCCUCGGAGUUACUACUGGGGGAUCUUACACGGUGUGCUUCGUCCUACUUUUGGAAUACUGUGGCACGAAACACAGGGUCCUCUCCAAUAUCUCUUUCCAUGGUGGUUUCAAUGGUGCUGUGGUGCUUCUUAGCGGGAUAGCGUAUGCAAUGGCACCUGUUAACCAUAUUACCAUGCAAAUCAUCCUGGGAUGCGUGCCCUUUUGUAUGAUUUUCUAUAAAUUUAUUUUAGUCGAGUCUCCGCGAUGGCUUGUUUCGAAUCAGCAGUAUGACGAGGCCAGGAAAAACAUCAGAAAAAUUGCUAAAUUCAAUGGUCGCCCUCUCGCCGACGAUGUGGUUUUGGCAUUUCCUCAAGAUCGUGCUCUCAUCAAUGGAGAAUUGGAGAUGAUGUCUGAACACCCAGAGAAGAAGUAUACAGUUCUUGACCUGUUUCGGACACCUAACAUUCGGAGGGCAACAUUGGCUUCUUAUGUCCAAUGGUUUGCCUGCUCUUUUAUUUUCUACGGGUUGAUAUUCAUUGGCGGUUCUUUGGGCGCCAAUGUUUACAUCAACACCGCCAUAUCUGGACUCUGUGGUGUUGUGGGAGGCUUUGCGUCACUUCCGGUCCUAAAAUACCUCGGCAGAAGGACGACAGGAGUCUCUUCACUGUUCAUAAUGACAAUCUCAUUGUUUGCCUCUAUAUUCCUGAUAGGAAAACCAGAGUAUGAAACAUCACUUGUAGGUGUCGUCUUCGUGGGGAAAUUCUUCAAUAUUGUUGCAUUCGAUACCAUCUACCUCCAUUCGGCUGAAUGCUUCCCGACAUGCAUGAGAACCCUGGGUGUUGGGACGGGUUCCCUUUGGGCACGCGUUGGAGCGUUGUUGUCGCCUUUCAUAGCAAAGACAGCUACGAUUUGGCCAGUACUGCCAGUGAUCGUGUUUUGUUCCAGUAGCGCAGUGGCUACCUGCAUGGCGCUCCUGCUACCGGAAACAAGAGGACGCCAUCUACCGGAGACAGUCGAGGAAGGAGAGAGGUUUGCCAGGCUAUCACUGUCCUGUCCUUGGAGUCGGGUCAACGAAGGCGAAAAGACUGAUAUCGACAUCACUGAGGACUCAAAUUCACCGUGUUAGGUUAUUACCUCAAUUCUGCGCAAUAUAGCGGUUAUUCAGUACAUACAUUCCGAACUUUAAAAGGUUAGGGCAUAGUAUUUCAGAAAAUUUUUUUGAAAGACUCUGGAUAGGUUGAGAAUGGCGACUUAUCGCGGAUCCGGAUGAAAAUAAAACUUUGUAGAAAAAGUACGCAUUUUGUGUACACUUCUAUCUCACGUAAUAAGGAUCCGUGCUAAGACCCUGCUCUAAACCUCCCUAUUUUGUCUCAGCAGUAGACACAUAUGCUGCAAACAAUUCAAAGGUUGGUUCACCUUUGGCCGUGGAUGAGGGAUGAACUUCACCAGGAUGCAUGAGUGUAUGACAUUUUGUAUUGUGGAGAAAAUGGUAAGGCCUGUCAAAAAUGUCAAUGAUAAAAAACAUUCUGUUCAUCCGUCGAAUACUUAUCUCGAAGGCAUAUAGCAUGUCAAUCAUUUGAUUGAGUAAUACUAUAUUUUAUUAAAAUCUUACUGAUGUUGUACUAUUUGUUGUAUAGUAUAAUUAUCAUGAUCGACGAAUGAGGUAUUUUAAGAAAAAAUGACCCAAAAUCGGAUUUGUUAUUCUUGAAAUGACGUCAUCGCGGCUAAUAUUUAUAUGUCACGAACGUAUCUGUUUUGACCUUUUCUCAAACUGAGCAGAAAAUCUUCGUGCGUUUAGAGUAAGUCUUUGUGAUAUCAAUCUUCGGGUUCGGAACGUUGCUACAGAAAAGCCCGAUAUAUCUUGUGGUCCAAUAAAAACGCACCGAUCUUCAAGGCUAAAAAAAUCUAACCUUGUCCUUGAAUGUACUGAUUCCAGGGCAGCUGCUCGAGAUAGCCAAAGUGAUGACUGUCAUGUUCCAAUUCAACUGCGUCUUUCCCUGUCAGAUUCCACCCACUGUGACAGUGUCCCGCUGCCAUAUCAACAGCAGCAAAACUAUGGUCCAAGAUGUUAUUUGGUGAUAAAAAACUACCCACUGGUGCGGUUAACGUCUUUUGAUGAAACGUCCACCUACAACCUACCAUACACUUUGGGUAAUUCAAAUUACCAAAAGCCCGCUGAGGCCGGUGUAGAAGUUUAAAAUGUCCUAGGAUAGAAUUCCCGAGAAACAAAGGAUUCUAUUAUGCGCUUCAAUCUCUGAGCUAUGGACGGUCAGGGUCUCUAUAGCACCAUAUUGCAGAAUACAAUAGGGCCGGACACUUUUUCCAGGGGGGCAUUUGUUACUGUUACACCGGUCGUAUUUUUGCCACCGUUGGAAACCGCCACAGUGAAAUAGAACAGGUCAUGACACGAGAGAAAGGCGAGAAUCCGGGACAUGUUAGAAGAACUACCAAAUAAAAACAAAUGCGUGUUUUGUAUUUUUUUAAGUUAUAUUUUUUAUUAUAGAUAAACAUAACAAAAUUAUAUUUAAUACAGCGUGAUUGAAGUACAAUGUUUAUUAUGCUUUAUGUGCAACACCGAACCCCGUAAGUGGAUCCAUCACCUAGUCAUAGAAGAUGCAACAAGGCUCGUGGGAGCAUCUGCCAGAAAUGUCUUUAAUUUCCAACUUAGUUCUUCAAAAGUCAGCUUACAUGUUAUAACGGUGAAAUAGAAGGUUUUGGUCAAAUAUGAUUACCAAUAGAAAUUUUAAACUUAUGAAUGAGUUGAUUCAUUUGAAAGGUAAGUAAGCUUCUUCGUGGAAAGUCAAUUUUGGAAGUGAUUGUUAUGUCAACUGAUAGGCACCUUCCCCAUAGAGGUAUACGGUAUACUACACUAUACGCGAACAAUGGCUUCACAAAGGGUGCAUGACCAUGAAACUAUUGUUCGCGUAUAGUAUAGUAUAGGGUAUAGCUCUAUGGAAUAGGUGCCUUAUGUCAUGUCAUUAUUAAAGAAUAGUUUCAUCGACAUUUUACGCUGAUAGAUUUUACUUCGUUACUUAAUGUUCAAAUUCUGACUCUGAUACCACAACCCUCGAGAUGAAAUGAUUUGAUCUUAAUGACGUCAUACGAAUGCAAAACUGACAAUAUUGAGACGCGACAAUUUUCGCUCCAACAAGGGACUCGUGUUGUUAUUGUUAUUAACAUGACGUCACUAUUAGCAAACAUUUCGACCCUUUCCUAGAUUUGACUGCGCCACUCAUCUUUCGAAUUUAUCGAAUAUAUGAUGUAAAAAGUUACAGAAGAGGCGAUAAGUAAAUUUCGAAAAAAGGCCGAG